AUGGAUGCCUGGAUUGUUGACUCACUGAUAACAGUGGAAGCAGCUGGUCACGAGGUCACGGUCACCGCCGCCGUGGCCGCGCCGCAGCCCGCACGUUUCCGCGGCCUCUCGCGCUCCCUCCCUCCGGCAGGCGUCGCUGGCCACCGCAGGGCGGCGAGGAAGGAAGCGGACUCGAUCUUCCGUCCCGACGCCCGGGGACUCGGCACCCCCGGCCCGCCUUCUCCACGAGUCCGCUCUAGCGCCCUCUGCACGCGCCCAGCGACGAACCGGGUCCUCCCUCUGGAAGGCGAAGGGGCCCGGGCGGCGCGGCCGAAGGUCCGGGAGUCCUGGACGGGGCGGGGACGGGCGGAGGCGCGGCAGGAAACGCCCGGGGCCGGCAGUGCCGGUCGGGCCGGGGGCGCGGUGGAGGGGAGGGACGGGGCGGCGCCCGGCGGGGCUGCCCGGGCCGCGCACUCGGCCCUGGCGGCGCGCCCCGCGGGGACUCUUCGGGAGGAGUGCCAGGCCCGCGAGCCUUGGGAUUCCGGGACCGCCCUCUCCCGCUCCAGGGCCGGCGGCGAGCGGCAACGACGGCCAGAGCCGCAGCGGCAGCAUGAGAGCGGGCGCCGCGGCCCCACGCCUGCGGACGCGCGGCGAGCGGCGGCGGCCGUGCCUGCGCGCGCCAUGGGGGCGCCGUGCGGCCGGGAGGCCGGCCGGCGCUUCGGGGGGCGCCGGGGCCGGGGGUUUCUGCCGAGCGCCUCCGCGCUGGCGGCGGCCGGCCUGCUGUGCACCGCCCUGGCCGCCUUCUGCUGCUGGAGGCAGCUGCCGCCGCUGCCCUGGGCAUCCUCCGCCCCGCCGCGUCCGGUGGCCGUGCUGCUGUGGUGGGAACCCUUCGCGGGGCGCGACAGCGGCGCGAGGCCGCCCCCGGACUGCUGGCUGCGCUUCAACAUCAGCGGCUGCCGCCUGCUCACCGACCGUGCGGCCUAUGGGGAGGCCCAGGCGGUGCUUUUCCACCACCGUGACCUCGUGAAGGAACCCCGUGACUGGCCCCCGCCCUGGGGCGCCCCGGUGCGCGGGGCAGAUGAGCUGGAGUUGCGGGUGUUGGACGACGAGGAGGCGGUGGCCGCCGAAGCCCUGGCCACCUCGGGCCUCAGGCCCCCGGGCCAGCGCUGGGUGUGGAUGAACUUCGAGUCGCCCUCCCACUCCCCGGGCUUGCGGAACCUGGCGGGGAACCUCUUCAACUGGACCCUCUCCUACAGGGCCGACUCGGACGUCUUCGUGCCUUACGGGUACCUCUACCCCAGGACCCAUCCCAGCGACCAGCCGCUAGGCCUGGCCCCGCCGCUGGCCCGGAAACGGGGGCUGGUGGCCUGGGUGGUGAGCAACUGGGAUGAGCGCCAGGCCCGGGUCCGGUACUACCACCAGCUGAGCCAGCAUGUGUCGGUGGACGUGUUCGGCAGGAGCGGGCCUGGCCGGCCGGUGCCCAGCAUUGGCCUUCUGCACACAGUGGCCCGCUACAAGUUCUACCUGGCCUUUGAGAACUCGCAGCACCUGGAUUACAUCACCGAGAAGCUCUGGCGCAACGCGUUGCUGGCCGGGGCCGUGCCCGUGGUGCUGGGCCCCGACCGUGCCAAUUAUGAACGCUUCAUGCCCCGCGGUGCCUUCAUCCACGUAGACGACUUCCCUAGUGCCUCCUCCCUGGCUGCCUACCUGCUCUUCCUCGACCGAAACCCAGCAGUCUACCGUCGCUACUUCAGCUGGCGCAGGAGCUACGCCGUGCACAUCACCUCCUUCUGGGACGAGCCUUGGUGCCGGGCCUGCCAGGCUGUGCAGAGCGCUGGGGACCGGCCCAAGAGCAUACGCAAUUUGGCUCGCUGGUUUGAGCGGUGAAACCCUGGUGUGACCCAGGGAGGUCAGAUCGUCAACUUUUGACCCUCAGCUGCGCAUCUCCUUGGCUGGUCGAGUUUUCCAAACACCCAUUUUUACUCUACGGGGGAAAGGUGAUUUACCAAUUAAUAUGAUUCAGCAUAAAGACUGGGUAGGAAGGAUCCCUGGUUCUCAUGGUUUUGUUUUUUUUGUUUGUUUGGUUUUUGGUUUUUUUUUUUUUUGCACAGCUAGCAGUUGGGCUCUGUCUGCUGUAGGUGGGCAUCAGUGUUCACCGGUGAAGAAGGGAGCCCUCCCUCACCUUGUAACCAGGACGAGGUGAAACAGUAGCUUAACUACCAGAAGCCUUUGAGUCAGUUGCUCUUUUUUUCCUCAUCUGUCACGGGCUAUAUAGGUGGCCUGUGCUGAAUCCAAAUCCAUACACACUGCUCCUUGACUCACAUUGCACUGGGCGAAUGUGUAGCAAGCCCCCCGUUCCAGAAGGAGCCUUGUUGCAGAAUAGUGAAAGGACUGUGGCCGCAAGUGGGUCUCAUGACUUCCUCAAAGUCUCAUCUCCUAAAAAACGGUGAGGAGGGUGGUCCAAUGAUCCAAGGACUGUUCCUUAACAAGUACUGUUUGUUCCCCUGCCGUAUGAGUACAAAGACGAUGCUAGAUUGCCCUUGGGGAAGAGUUAGGAUGAAUACACAGGUGUACCUCACUUUACACACACGUAUUUUUGAAACACUGCUUUUAAAUCAAAUCCCCAAUUCACUGCUUUAGGAGAGGUCAGUGUUUAAUGCAAUCCUCUGGAGAAUCCCUUUACAAUGUGAAUAAGCAUCUCCUAACUUAUUUCCUCUGUGUCUGUUUUUCUAUAACCAAAAUUUUUAAAAAGUGUAUUAAAAUUAGAGAUGUGAAAAAAGCAGAAGCGACCUUCUUCUCCCCUCUGUCCAGAAAACCAGCCCGUGUUUACCAACAGAAGAGAAGGAAGCCGCAGUGCCACUUUCCACAAAGUUAUUUGUUUGUAUCGUUUUACUGGACAGGAGAAUUAAGCAGGAACGUACUGCCCGACAUACCUGUCUGCAGGACAGAGAAAGAGAUCGUACCUCAGUAUGGAAUCAUGGCAAAAGGAAAAAAGUUUCAUGGUGUCUGUUAAUGGCAGUUUUUGUUUCCGUCAGUUUUCAGUUAAAUGUUUAAUUGCUAGGGAAUAGAACUAAAUUAGUGCCUGCAAUGAGCCGUGGUUUUUUGUUAAAAUAUAAAUCUGCCAUUCUCCCCGGGGCCGGCUGGUUCCCCUCCUAGUCUUCAUAGUAGUACUUACGGUAUGGCCUCCCAUUUCUAGUGCCCUGAAGCCUGUGCCGUGGACCGACUUUGAAAAUGGUAUGCAUUGACUUGAAAAGGUGAACGAGCAGCAUAUUUACUAGGAGUGACCGCGUGCCUCCUCUGUGCCAAACGCUGGGCUUGGGGUGCCAGGAGAGACACACAAAUGUGUAAGGCGAGGUCCUUUUCUUGAAGGCUAUUAGAAUCUGCCCUUGCCAACAGGUAAAAUAGAACUUUGAUCAGUCAAUCGGCAGAACCUACUUGUUUAAAGUGACAUUCUUUAAUACAGGCCAUAGGUCAGUUAUUAGAAAACCAGUUGAUUUAUAGCCUCAAAUAAUGGUUUAUUUUUCUCUUUGACUUAUUACAAUAAGGACCUUCAGUGACUGAUUAUUGUGAGUAUGGUCUAAGAUUAACUAGGUUUAUAUAAAGUUGUGCUGUAAACUGUAAUUUUGCUUUUGAUUAGGGCAGUUAGCUGAAUCAUUAAGUUUUAUCUCUACAAGUAUUCAUUGCAGACUCACUUAAAAAGUUCACUGAAAUGCAGGCGCUUCAAUUUUUUUUCCUUAAAAGGAGAAAUUAAAGCCCAUAGAUAACAUUUCCUUAUUAAAAUAUUAUAGUGUGGGCGGAAUUACAAAGUAUCAGUCAACCAAUAAAGAAAAAGAAAAAUUCUCUUCUUAUAAUGAGUAUUUAUGAAAGAUUGGCAAGUGAUCUUGGGGUUCCUGGGAAUCUAGAUGGGCAGUGGGAGAGUGGAUUUUGAAGGUACUCUGGCUUGAAUUCCAGCUGUGUGACCUCUGCAAGUUAGUAAUCACCUUGAAGGGCACCUGGGUGGCUCAGUCAGUUAAGCCUCUGACUCUUGAUUUCAGCUCAGGUCAUGAUCUCUUGGUAGUGAGAUCAAGCCCUGUGUCUGGCCCUUACUGGGCAUGGAACCGGCUUAAGAUUCUCUCUCCCUGUCUCUCUGACCCUCCGCUGCUUGCACUUGCUUUCUCUCUCUAAAAUAAUAAUAACAACAACAACCUCGAGCCUCAGAUUCCUUAUCUGUAAGAUGGGGAGGGAAAAUACUUCAUAGCUCACUGUGAGCUUUGUGGAAACUAAAAUAAGUAAAGGGGCCUAACACAUAGCAAUCACUCAAUUGGUGAGAGAGAGAUUUUUUUUUCCUUUUUUGUUGUAGUGACUUCAAGGUGCCUCCAUAUCGAUUUGUAUGUCUAAAUUUAAAUCUCAACAUGUGUUUCAGGAUAUAUCUCAAAUAAAAAGGAAGGGGCCUCAUAUUGUAUAUUUCAAGUGUAUUCCUAAAGCUAAACCCUAUUAUUUCAAGAAUCAUCAUUGCUAUUCAGAUUGAGCUUGAAUUUGCAGGCUAGGAGGAAACACCUAUUCUUUCUUUGAAAGACAAAUUGUUAAGUUAUAUUGUUACAUGAGUAUUAUUUUGCUGAUGUUCUUAGUUACAGUAAAUCUUGUUAAAACUAACCACAUAUUUAUUGAAUUUUUAGCGUAAGGAAGGUAUAAUUGCAUUUUUAUUUGUGUGCAAAUUUUGGGUCUAGAACAGCCAGAAUAGUUUUUGAGGCUGAUUUCAUCAAAGAGUAAGAGAAAUAUGUCCAUUGCUCAUUUUAUGUUAUUUUUCACAUCAUUCUAAACUGAGUAGGUUAAAAUUUCAUAUCUGAUAAUAUAAAAAUGCAUCAUAUAUAUUUAAAAAUGUCUUUUCUAUCAUCAUCAUGCCCCACCCCCCCUUGAAGGCAUAAACUGUACUUUCAAGGUUAUUACAAAUUGAAUAUUUUUAGCACUUGAUGACUCUAAUGAUAUGAUUGUGCCUGGAAUGAUACUGGGAUCGGGAAGACAGUGUGACUGGCUUUCAGCGUCCACACUCGUUUCCGGUGUCCAAGCCCUUCCCUGGCGGUAAGUUAGAAGAGACAGGGUGGCUUCAUGGAAAGAGUUUGCAACUGGGAGUCAGAACCUGGGUGUGUUUCUGCCACUUUCUGCCCCUGCCGUCCUGAUUAGGUGAGUUACUUAAACUCUCUGGGUUUUAGCUUCCUCCUUUAUAAUGCACAAAUGCCCCUAGAGAAUGAGGGUUACGUGGGACGACGUGUCCCACAGUGCUUUGUACAUUGUGAAGUGCUGUACGGUUACAGUGUGCUCUAAGUUUUCAAAGUUCUAGAGCAGGAUGAAAACACUUCUCUCUGUAAAGGGCCGGGGUAAAUAUUUCAGGCUUUGCAGGCCAUACAGUUUCUGCUGCCGCUAAACUCUGCCGAUGCAGCACAAAAACAGCCUUUGGCAAUAUGUAAACAGAUGGGGUACCUGGAUUUGGCCGUAGUCAGUCAACUCUGUGCUAGACAUUUAGACAUCUGGGGAAUUUGAGAACCUACCUGAUGGGUGUUUCUUAAAAGGGAUUUGAGAAUUGGAAUUUAAGAAUUUUGGAGAUAGACCCUCCUCGGUUCCUAGAUCAGCUUGGCAACUUUCGCUAAUUGUCUCACCUUGGGUACGUUAUUUAAACUUUCUGUGCUUUGGCAUCUCUAAUGAAAGGUAAUCAUCUAUGGUUGACAGAGGUGUUGGGGGAAUUAGAUGAGACACAAAGUACUCAGUACGGUGUCUGGCACAUAGGAAGCACCUGGAAGAUGUUAGCUAUGAUUAUCACCAUUCCAUUUUAUAGAGGAAGUCGAGGUCCAGACCUCUGAAGGACCUGCUUGAGGUUACGGUAGUAGAGGCAGGACCAGCCGUGCUUGAGCAAGUCACAACCCCUUGGAGCCUCUGUCACUUGAACUGCAGAAUGGGGGAGGGGGGGGUUGGACAUCUUCUCUUGGGACCUUCUAGUUUCACUUGCCAUCGUUCUACCAACUGGCACCCCACAGUUUAAAGAACUAAUUCACCUCCCCAGGUGCCUUACUUGUAGUCUGGAAAUGACUUCCUACCCAGCAGCAAUAAACUGGAAGAAAGCCAGGCACCAGAGAGGGAGACUCUGAUUUAGCAUUAUAUAUAUGUGUGUGUGUGUGUAUGUGUGUGUGUGUUUUAAAGUGUCACAUGCCUUAGAUAGGAGGGAAGGGAGCCAAGUUCUUGGUAAUUAGUAUGGUGAAUAAUCGCAUUACGUUUCAAGUCCUUUUUGGAUGUAUCUCAGGGACUUUUAUGCUACCCUUUCUUGAAGCAAAUCAAGUAUUUAUGUACGCGUGUUCAGAUUGUUUUGACAAAGUGAUUAAAGUGUUACCAUGGAAAAUGA